AUGUUUGGAAGUACCUUCGGUCAAAGCCAGCCCACUGGCGGAGGUUUAUUCGGGUCGACGAGCACCGCACAACCUACAGGAGGUUUGUUUGGAUCCACGAAUACUGCGCAACCAACAGGAGUACCGUUUGGCUCGACUACAACUGCGGGAACUCAGAAUCAGGGCGGAGGGCUUUUCAGUGGGUUAGGACAGAACACUCAACAGAGUCAACAACCGCAGACUAGUGGACUCUUUGGUGGAGGAUUUGGAGCGAGCACUCAACAAAAUCAGCCUCAGACAGGAGGUUUAUUUGGAUCAAAUACCCUACAACCGCAGCAGCAACCGGGAGGAUUGUUCUCGGGACAGACUAUGGGAGCACAGCAGCAGGCGGCCCAGCAGCAGCAAAACACCAUUCUUGGAGGAUCGCAACAACAGACUGGGUUAUUCGGACAAACGCAACCGUCGCAAGCUUUAGGGCAAUCACAAGGACAAUUUGGCAACACCCUGUUUGGAACAAGCGGAUUGAGACCUCGGGAAAAGAGCGUCGUAGACCAGAUUGAAACAGUCGUGGGUAAAUGGGAUACGGGAAGCAAGGAAUGUGCUUUUCAGCAUUUCUUUUACAACAACGUCGGCGUUGACGCGGCACCAUUUUAUCAACCACAGCCUAACGAGGACCCGAAAGCUUGGGAAGAAGCCCUUUCGAGAAAGCCAGGACCUGGGUAUAUCCCAGUCGCAUGUAUUGGUUUUGCAAUGAUGGGCGAGAGAAUCAAGGCUCAGCAACAGCAUCUUGCAGCGUUCAACAUCCGUUUACACAAUAUAAAUGCUAGCUUGACGAACCUACUUCAAAUUCACGAUACGAAGACGAGUAUACGGGCAAUGGAUGCUAGGAGAAAACAUGUGAUAUUGAAACAACGGUGUAUCGCACUGGCAACUAAAGUUCAGGUUCUGAGAAACAGAGGCUAUGCGCUCAGUGGAGACGAAGAGGAUUUGAAAGCUAAGCUCAUCAAAAUAGAAAAAGGGGCCAGCGACCCAGCAUUGGGUGCGAGAGCCGAAGAGAUUUGGGCGCGAAUGAUCAAUGUUCAGGAACGAGGCCGGUUAUUGAGGACUGAACUGGAGAAGGUUGGCCAAGAAAACGGUGAAGUUCUAGACGAUACCAUGACUGCACGAUGCAAGAAGAUUCUGGAAGACUAUCAGACUCAACUAGCACAUCUGAAAAAGGAGUUGGAUAAGGUACAUAAAGAUUAUGUCGAGUGGGAAAAAGAGCAGCCACCACAAACAGCAGCGAGAACAACAUUCGGCCGAUGA